AUGAGUCAGUUUCGGGCGUUAGCGGGUGUGCUGAAGGGUGGGUGCGCUGGAGGGAGCCAGCUGCUUCGUGGGUGUGGAAGGGGCCCGGCCAGGCGCUGGCUUGAUCCAAAAAGAGGCUGCUCCUCCUCCUCCUCCACCUCCUCCAGGACUGAGCCGCUUCUCCCAGCGGUGGCCAGCAGCUCCAGCUAUGUGGAGGAGAUGUACUUCGCCUGGCUGGAGGACCACAAAAACGUCCAUGAGUCCUGGGACGGAUUCUUCCGAAACAUGCAGGCCUCUAGUCCAUCUGGCGAGGCAGCUGAGACACGUCCCUCCACCCUGCUCCAGGGCCGAGUGAUGUCCCACUCACUCGACAUGGCGCAGAAAGUGGUGGAGGACCACCUGGCUGUACACACUCUUAUCAGAGCCUACCAGAUUCGCGGUCACCAUGUUGCUCAGUUAGACCCUCUUGGCAUCCUGGAGGCUGACCUGGACUCCUUUGUUCCCUCCGACCUGAUAACCACCAUUGAUAAAUUAGGUUUCUAUGGUCUUGAUGAGUCUGACUUGGAUAGAAGCUUCCAGCUGCCCUCCACCACCUUCAUCGGUGGACAAGAGACUACUCUUCCUCUUAGAGAAAUUAUACGCAGACUAGAGACAUCCUACUGCGGUCACAUCGGGGUUGAAUUUAUGUUCAUUAACAAUGUGGACCAGUGUCAGUGGAUUCGACAGAAAUUCGAGAGUCCGGGAAUCAUGCAGUUCACUAAUGCAGAGAAGAGGACUUUGCUGGCCCGCCUGAUCCGAUCCACACGAUUUGAGGAUUUCCUGGCCAGAAAGUGGUCAUCAGAGAAACGAUUUGGUCUAGAAGGCUGUGAAGUUCUCAUCCCUGCUCUUAAAACCAUCAUCGACAAGUCGAGCGCUGCAGGCAUCGACAGUGUGAUCAUGGGGAUGCCUCAUCGGGGUCGACUAAACGUCUUGGCCAAUGUGAUCCGAAAGGAGCUGGACCAGAUCUUCUGUCAGUUUGACCCUAAAUUAGAAGCUACAGAUGAGGGCUCAGGUGAUGUCAAAUACCACCUUGGGAUGUACCACGAGAGGAUUAACCGGGAGACGGACAAGAACAUCACGCUGUCACUUAUGGCAAACCCCUCCCACCUGGAGGCAGUGGAUCCGGUGGUUCAGGGGAAGACCAAAGCUGAGCAGUUUUACAAAGGAGACACUCAGGGAAAGAAGGUGAUGUCCAUCUUGAUGCACGGUGAUGCUGCUUUUGCUGGACAAGGAGUUGUGUAUGAAACCUUUCAUCUGAGCGAGCUCCCCUCUUAUACCACACAUGGUACGAUCCAUGUGGUGGUCAACAACCAGAUUGGCUUCACAACAGAUCCUCGAGUGGCCCGCUCCUCUCCUUACCCCACUGAUGUUGCUCGGGUUGUCAAUGCACCCAUCUUCCAUGUGAAUGCUGACGAUCCUGAGGCUGUCAUUUACGUGUGCCGGGUGGCUGCAGAGUGGAGGUCCACCUUCAACAAGGACGUCGUCAUUGACCUGGUUUCUUACAGACGUUUUGGGCACAACGAAAUGGACGAGCCCAUGUUCACCCAGCCGCUCAUGUACAAACAGAUCCGUCGGCAGGAGCAUGUGCUGAAAAAGUACUCUGAUAAGCUCAUUGCUGAGGGAGUGGUGACGCUGCAGGAAUUUGAGGAAGAAGUUGCCAAAUAUGACAAGAUAUGUGAGGAGGCGUACACCAGCUCCAAGGAUGAGAAGAUCUUGCACAUUCGACACUGGCUUGACUCACCUUGGCCAGAUUUCUUCACAGCAGAAGGGGAACCCAGGAGCAUGAGCUGCCCCCCUACAGGACUGGACGAGGAGGUUCUGCAGCACAUUGGUCAGACAGCCAGCUCAGUGCCUCUGGAGGAUUUUAAGAUCCACCCUGGUGUGUCUCGUAUCCUGCGUGGUCGAGCUGACCUGGUGAAGAACCGUCAGAUGGACUGGGCUCUGGGAGAGUACAUGGCCUUUGGCUCCCUUCUGAAAGACGGCAUACACAUACGGCUCAGCGGGCAAGAUGUUGAGCGGGGAACUUUUAGUCACCGCCAUCAUGUUCUUCACGACCAAGAGGUGGACAAACGUAUCUGUGUUCCUAUGAACCACUUGUGGGAGAACCAGGCUCCUUACACUGUCUGCAACAGCUCCUUAUCAGAGUAUGGUGUUCUAGGUUUUGAGCUGGGGUUUGCCAUGGCCAGUCCAAAUGCUCUGAUCCUCUGGGAGGCCCAGUUUGGAGACUUUCACAACACGGCUCAGUGUAUCAUCGACCAGUUCAUCAGCUCGGGUCAGGCCAAGUGGGUCCGCAACAACGGCAUCAUCCUGCUGCUGCCACAUGGAAUGGAGGGAAUGGGUCCAGAACAUUCAUCAGCUCGACCUGAACGCUUCCUGCAAAUGAGCAAAGAUGAUCCAGAUCACAUCCCUGAGUUCAGUGGAGAUUUUGAAGUCGAGCAGCUGCAUGACUGUAACUGGAUUGUGGUCAACUGCUCCACACCUGCCAACUACUGUCAUGUGCUCAGACGACAGACUCUGCUGCCAUUCAGGAAACCGUUGAUCAUUUUCACUCCAAAAUCUCUGCUGAGGCACCCGGAUGCAAGGUCAAGUUUUGAUGACCUCGCCAAAGGCACUAAAUUCAGGAGACUGAUUCCUGAUGAGGGCCCUGCGAGUCAAAGCCCAGACCAAGUCAAGAGAGUCAUCUUCUGCACAGGCAAAGUCUACUAUGAGCUGGCUAAAGAGAGGAAACAGCAAAACUUGGAGAGAGAUGUUGCCAUCAUCAGACUUGAACAGAUCUCUCCUUUCCCAUUCGACCUGGUCGGAGAAGAGGCAGAUAAGUACGCCAAUGCUGAGCUGGUCUGGUGUCAGGAGGAGCACAAGAACAUGGGUUACUAUGAUUAUGUCCGGCCACGUUUCCUCACAGUGGUUGCCAACAAGAAACAUAUCUGGUAUGUGGGACGGGAUCCUGCGGCAGCACCUGCGACAGGCAACAAGUCCACCCACCUCAAUGAGCUGAAGAGGUUCAUGGACACUGCUUUCAACCUGAGCGCCUUCCAGGACAGGGACUUGUGAGGGAGACUUGAAACAAGAACCAUGGAGGAGGUGCAGUUUCGUCUCCAACCCCAACAGUCUUCAUGCAUUUUAAUCUCUCUUUUAGAUGUGGGACAAUCUGGAGCCUAGUGUUUUUAGUGAACGUCAUUUUAAGAGUGCAACAUACAUUUUCUGCCUCUAAAGGGUGCUAACACCUCCAACACCUUUAUGCAAACAUAAAGCAUCAUCACUGAGCCACAGAAUGGUCACUUGAGCAGCAGCUGUUGAAUGUUAAAGUGGUUUACAUAAGUAACACUCACACAACAAAAGUCCUAUUUGUGACAAUCAUUGUUAUUGGAGUAGCUUUAACACUGCUGAUACUUCCAUUGUUGUUGUGCUGAAUACGACUAUAUAUUAACAGUAUUGAUUUAUAUUUGUAUAGAUUUUUGUAGAUGAAUAGCAGAAGCUACGAGACGCACACGAAACACCUCACUUAUGUACUUAGACAACGAAUGUGACUCACAUAUCACAGGUACGAAAACCGCUGAGAUUUAACGCAUCAGUAGGUUUAGUGCCUGUAUUUGUUUCGGCUACCUUAGCUGUUAGUGAAGGAGUGUGUAUUUAUUGUCACACCUCACUUCACCAGGAGACAUGAGCCAGCUGGCACAGAGACUUCCAGCCAUGUUUUCUACUUAGGACAUAAGGCUCAGCUUCCUCUUCGGAAGCUGAGGGAUGCACACACACACACACAGACGCACAGACGCACAGAAACACAGCACAGCCUUGGAUGCUUUGAGAGCAAUAUUGACGCUUGCUUGUCAUUUUAAAAUCCCCAGGCGUUUAACAGAAUUUCUAUUAGUCACCACUGUGUUUAGAAAAAGCUCAGUAAAAAUCACGCUUCCUCUUUAGCUAUGCUUUUCUACAUACAGCCGGGAGAUUUGACAUGAAGCGCACACUCAUAUUUUUGCAUAUUUAGUGACUUAAACAGGAUUUAUGUGUGGUAAUUUAUUAAUGGGAAAAAAUAUAGCAACAAAUCCCUAUGGGUACUUAAACAUAUGCACAACUUGGUAGAAUUGCACUGAAACAUUAAAUAAUUAAAAUAUGCAAUAAAUGUAGUAUGUUUAUUAGUGUGCCUCCAUUGUGAUGUUUAACUGCUGCUGAUGCAUGACGUUUUGUUCAGGAACAAAAAGCGUAUGGUUGUACAGAAUAUUUACAUCGGUGCGAUACUCGAACUUCAGAUGACUGAUUUAUUAUUUGCUCAGAAACAAAUCGACUGUUAAACUUAUACAAGAGUGUUUCCAGAUUUUGUAUGCCCAUAUGUUUGUUGUAAUUGUGUAAAAAUAACUUAAAUGUCCCUUUCUGGUCAUUGAUUAAACCCCCCAACACU